CAUGCGCGCAUGUGAAACCGUGGAGGCGUGUAUAAUAUUCGCACUUGCGGCUCAGUCGACGAAUAUAGAACGUAUAUUAUAUUUCUAAUUAACUCUACGCACAAUGUUUAAUAUUUAAAUUCUAUACAUAUAUUUUAUACAAACUUUUAAGUUAUAUUUUGACAAUUGCCGAUUUUUAUUUUUAUUCAACUGGAACUAAUGAAUCAUCAACAAAACAUCAGUUACAUAAAUGUGUGAUGAAUGAUAAUAUAAAAAAAUGCGAUAAAACCGUAACCUGGAUAAUCGUUAGUUGUUAUUGAAAAAAAGCUAAAUGGGUCUCAAUGAUUUUAGGAUUGUCUUUGACAAUCCUUGGAGUACGUAUUAUCCUGGACAAACGAUCACUGGUCGAGUGAUCGUUGGCUUGGAUGCUGUAAAAAAAGUUCGAGGUAUUACUGUCAAAGUAAAAGGAGAAGCUAAUGUUUGCUGGGCGACUGACAGACAAGAAUUAAACAACGAAGGAAAGUACGAUAAUGAAACACAGACAGUUACUGGGCAUGAAGAAUAUUUUAAUAUGGAGUAUUACUUACUCGGAUCACCUUCAGGCUCAGAAAUAGAAUUACCUAUAGGCGAACAUUCGUAUCCAUUUCAAUGUCCACUGCCGCCGAAUUUACCCAGCAGUUUUGAGCAUGACCACGGAUAUGUUCGUUAUACCGUCAAAGCUUCGAUAGACCGUCCUUGGAAAUUUGAUCACCAAGUUAAAAUAGCAUUUACUGUUGUGUCUAACUUUGAUCUCAACAAAGAAGCUAGAGCACUGGAGCCAGUUAAUUUAGAAAUGUCAAAAACUUUUUGCUGUCUCUGCUGCGGGUCUCCUCCGCUUAAAGUAAACAUCAUGAUGCCAGUAAAAGGAUACGUUCCAGGUCAGGCAAUGUUGAUCCGCGUGAAUGUUGAAAACCAGUCAGGAAUAAUCGUGGACACGAUUAAAUUAAUUCUGAGAAAGAUAGUAACUUUCAAGGCGAAUAACCCGCGGUUUGAGACAAAAACGGAGAAAAUUGUGAUCGCUGAAGUAAGUAAAGGCCCGGUAGAAGGUAAUGCUAUUUCAGAUUAUCAACAAACGCUAGAUAUACCGCCUUUACCGCCCUCGAAUCUUACAAACUGUGGGAUUAUUGAUUUAGAGUAUAAUCUUAAAAUUGAAGCUUGUGUUGCUGGAUGGUAUCACAGAAAUCUAAAGCAAAACAUGCUAGUAUUUAUUGGCACAAUUCCACUGGCAAGUUACCAAAAUUCAGUGAUGCCACCCACAAGUCCAAGUAAAGUUCCGAUGCCAGGAAAUCCGGGUGCAGAUCCAACUUACGGUGGGUACCCGAGUGGAUAUCCUGAGUUUUCCCCUGAUAAUGGAAACCCAGCACCUCCCUCAGCUCCACCUGAUUAUAACUCUGACUCUCCCGCUCAGCUACAAACAAACCAUAAUACAUACCCCAAUUUGCCUCUUCCGGCUUACGAAGAAUAUGGUUGGUCAAUCCGCAGUCUCAGGGAUGCUGGAGAAUCUGAUCACGUUAUGGGUCUUCGAGGACACUAUGCGCCGCGUUAUCCAGUUUACAAAUUUACAAGCUAAAAUAAUACUCAAUUUCAAUUGAAUAUAUUUACAUGAAUUUAUGGCCUUGCGAAUAAUAUAUAUUAUAUAUUAAUUUUUGGAGCGCACGCUUUUUAUAAAUAUUUAAUAAAAAUUAUUUCUAAGCAUU